AUGGAGAGCGACUGUCUAGCGAACUACCGGUCGGACAAGGCUGAACGGAUCACGUGGUACUGGUUUUGUAACCGUAAGGUGCAUCGACUUGCAAAGCCUCUUCUAAGGAAGGGAGCAAUCCAGCUUUCACUGCAUGCCGACCUGUGCCGAGGGGGGCUCUCAAACAGCUGCAAAUGGGCAGAACUCGUAAAAAAUGGCGUUAAGUCUGAAGACGUCAUUGAAGCUCUGCAAAAUAAAUAUCCAAACUAUUACAACCAGUUCAAAGAAAACCAAACAACGUCGUUAGAAUGCUCUUGUCAAGAGCCUAAGGAGAAGGAGCGGGAGGCUGUGAAUGAUUCCGAUGUUGUGGACUAUCCCUAUGUUAGGGAUGAUGCCAGUUAUUCGCCAUCAGAAGAUCCAUCAACAAUAGGCUCUGAAGUUGAUAUGCGGGAUGUUGGUGCAUAUAUAGAAACUCUCAAGAGUGGAUACGUCAAACAAAAUGAAUACCCAGUGAAGCCAGGUAGUGGCCGUGGGAUAUGUCUCAUCCUCAACAACAAGAACUUCUCCACCCAAGGUUCGAGAGCAAGGUCAGGGUCAGAGAUUGACGUGGAAAAACUGCAUACUACAUUUAACAAGCUGGGAUUUAUAGUGAUGAUAGAAACAGAUUUAACUUCCGAUCACAUAAGAGCUCGAAUUCGUGAUUUUUCCAAAGACACCGAUUUCUCAGGACAUGAUGCCUUCAUUUGCUGCUUGCUGACUCACGGGAACAACGACAUGCUAUACGGCACCGAUGGGGUUUCUAUUCCUUUAUCUGAGAUUACUUCUGAGUUUACAUCCAGAGAAUGCCCAUCACUCUGCAGGCAAACCUAAGAUAUUCUUUGUCAAGCCGACAGGGGAAAGACUCGUAUGCAGGGUUUCAAACUGCCCACGGAGAUGGCUGAGGCUGGAGAAGGCGUUCAGGUCGUCGCAGACAGGGCCGACUUCCUCAUCGGUUAUUGCACACCUCAUGGGUAUGCAAGCUACAGGAGCAGGUCAACGGGUAGUUGGUAUAUCAAGACCCUGUGUGAAGUGCUAGUCGGGAAUUCGGACAGUCACGAUCUUCUGACAAAUCUGGUGGAAGUGAACUCCAGAGUUGCUAGGUCAGUUGGGCAUCACGGUGAGAAGCAGGUCCCAGCUCCGAUGUUUACUUUAACGAAAUCUCUGCAUCUCACCAUUGACCCAUCGGCUGUUUAAAAGCAUGAAAAAUGUUUGAUUGGGUCAUAAAAGACGUAGCUGUGACAGCAGACUUCACAGAAGAAACAGUAUUUCAUCGACUGUACAGGCAUUACUCUAUACUUUGCUGUCCAAGAUACGAGUUUUGAUUGUUAAUUCUAUGAAAGGACCCGGGUCGCGAUCCGUUCGCAGCGCAACGACAUUCGAAGGCCAAUAUAAACUAUAGAGUUACGACAUGUCGUAACGUUACGGAUGCUUUAGGUAUAGGGACGCUGAUUAAUACGACCAGGAGUGGACUGUACUCCCAAAGAAAUCGAAGCUGUGAUUAGCAAACCAGUGGUUGAUAUUGUGAACGAUUCAUUUCGUCCUGGUACGACGACACGAAGGAUUACUUUAGUGUCACCCUUAUAUGUACGUUUGUGUAUAUUACUGUUCUCUUGUGUGUUGAUACAGUUUGAUCUAUGGUUUCAGUCCACCACGUUGCAUCAAACAGUUCGUGAUUUGUCAAACCCCACAUUUUGCUAGGAAACUUUCAUAGUUUGAUGAACGUCUGCGUCUGGUUGUUGAGCAGAGGACACAUACAAAAUAACAUCCCCCACACACUGUUCAACAUUGUUUUUACGAUUUCACAUCUGUUCAAGGAAAGGUGGUUAUAAGGACAAACAGGGGCGGUGGGGUAGCCUAGUGGUUAAAGCGUUCACUCGUCACGCCGAAGACCCUGGUUCGAUUCCCCCCAUGGGUACAAUGUGUGAAGCCCAUUUCUGGUGUCCCCUGCCGUGAUAGUGCUGGAACAUUGCUACGUAAAAGCGGCGUAUAGCUAAACUCACUCACUAUAAGGACAAACAAAUGCCUAAUGUCCAUAUGAACAUACGUGUGAAUGUCAGAAUAUUAAUAUGAUUGCAAGAACAUAUAAAGAAUACUAAUAUAUCACAAUAUAUGUUUUAAGAAAAUAAACUUUACUGGUUGUUUUAAACA